UCGCUGACUGGGUCCAUUCCAGACGCCGCCGCCGCGUCCUCCUGCUCCGUCCCCCUCUCUGUCCUCUGUUGAUCUCUCACAAGAGCUCCGGCUGAGGUAGGAGAUAAGGGAGAGAGAGAGCGCGAUGCGGAAGCUGGCCUCUUCCUCCCUGUCGACGUUGCCGUCGCCUGAGAUGGCCGCGGCGGCGGCGUUGGCGCUGGGGGGCUGGUGGGAACAGGUGAACGGGUCGCCGGAGUGGCAGGACGGCGCCUUCUUCUCCCUGUCCGCCGCCUACGCGCUCGUCUCCGCCGUCGCCCUGGUUCAGUUGAUCAGAAUUCAGUUGCGAGUGCCUGAAUUUGGUUGGACCACACAGAAGGUUUUCCAUCUCAUGAACUUCAUCGUAAAUGGCGUUCGUGCUGUCGUAUUUGGACUUCAUGCACAUGUAUUCCUGUUUCAAACAAAAGUGUAUACUUUGGUGUUAUUGGAGCUUCCUGGUCUUUUAUUUUUCUCAACCUACACAUUACUUGUUCUGUUCUGGGCAGAAAUAUACCAUCAGGCUAAGAAUCUUCCCACGCGCAAGCUAAGGAUUAUAUACAUCGCCGUUAAUAGCUGCAUUUAUGUAAUUCAGGUUUGCAUUUGGAUAUACCUUGGGAUACAUGAUAAUCCUCUGGUUGAGCUUGUGUGUAAGAUAUUUAUAUCAGUUAUAUCCUUUAUAGCUCUCCUGGGUUUCUUAAUAUAUGGUGGAAGGCUGUUCUUCAUGCUGAGGCGCUUCCCGAUCGAAUCAAAGGGCCGCAGAAAAAAGCUUUAUGAGGUUGGAACCGUGACAGCGAUUUGCUUUACCUGCUUUCUGAUAAGAUGCAUCGUGAUGGCAGUGUCGUCAUUUGAUACUGAUCUAUCUCUUGAGGUCUUGGAUCACCCAAUUCUGGAUUUCUUUUACUAUAUGUUGACAGAGAUACUGCCAUCUGCCCUUGUCCUAUUCAUCCUUCGCAAACUUCCUCCAAAACGAGUACCAGGGCAGUACCAGCCUAUUCGUUAGUGGAGCAGAUUAUGUCGCGCCAAGAGUCCCACAUAACAUUAAAAUCCUCGAGUUAUGUUUGACAGAGGCUGAAGUUUUUCUAUUUUGCCUUUGCCCAUAAGUCUGGGAGGUUAUAUUUCAGAUUCUGAGAAUAUUUGUGGCCUAUUCAUACUUAUGGUGCCUAACGAAACUAACAGUCUGAGUCGGAAUAUAUCUGAGUUUAAAUUGAAUUUGUCCAUAAA